GAUAUAGUGAUACGGGGUCCGGGGAGAGCGGAUAUAACGAAUGCGGGGUCCGGGGAGAGCGGAUAUAGCGAAGGCGGGGUCCGGGGAGAGCGGAUAUAGCGAAGGCGGGGUCCGGGGAGAGCGGGAUAUAGCGAAGGCGGGGUCCGGGGAGAGCGGAUAUAGUGAAUGCGGGGUCCGGGGAGAGAGCGGAUAUAGCGACGGCGGGGUCCGGGGUGAGAGCGGAUAUAGCGAAGGCGGGGUCCGGGAGAGCGGAUAUAACGAAUGCGGGGUCCGGGAGAGCGGAUAUAGCGAACAGAGCGCGAGGGAGAGCGGAUAUAGUGAAUGCGGGGUUCCGGGGGGAGCGGAUAUAGUGAAUGCGGGGUCCGGGGGGGCAGAUAUAGUGAAUGCGGGGUCCGGGGAGGUAGUGAAUGCGGGUCCGGGGAGAGCGGAUAUAGUGAUAGGGGUCCGGGGAGGAGCGGAUAUAGUGAAUGCAGGGUCCCGGGGAGAGCGGAUCCGGGGGGGAGAGUGGAUAUAGUGAAUGCGGGGUCCGGGGAGAGCGGAUAUAGUGAUUGCGGGGUGAUGGUGAGAGCGGAUAUAGUGAAUGUGGGGUUUCCGGGGAGAGCGGAUAUAGUGAAUGGGGUUCCGUGGCAGAGCGGAGUGAGCGGGUGUCCGGGGAGAGCGGAUAUAUGGAUAUGUCAUCCGAAGGCCAAAUAUCCAUUAAUCAAAGUUCUCUGGUUCAUGAGGGAGCCAAUCAGAGGACAUGGGGCCAGCGGGAGGGAGAAGAGAAGAGCUGGCUUUCAGCUGCUGCAGAGAGAGCCAUACAGGGGAUCAGUUCCAGUAACUGCC